AAAACAGCAUCUGCUCUUAUCUUUCUUUCAUUCUCUCUCUCACUCUCUCUUUUUUUUCCGUUCUGUUUGUUUUCGUUAUUCUAAUUUUAAAAAAUAUAUACAGAGAGAGAGAAAAGGAGAAGGAUUAGAAAGCUAGAGAGAAAUGACGACUAUCGAUGAAAGUGCUGGUGCUAAGAGGUGGCUUCCUCUUGAAGCUAACCCUGAUGUUAUGAAUCAGUUUCUUUGGGGUCUAGGACUUCCACUGGAUGAAGCAGAGUGCUGUGAUGUUUAUGGCUUGGAUGAGGAACUCUUGGAAAUGGUUCCAAAGCCUGUACUUGCUGUUUUGUUUCUAUAUCCUAUAACAGCACAGAGCGAAGCUGAGAGAAUUCAGCAGGAAAGCAUUGAAACGGAUCCAAGCAGUAAAGUUUAUUUCAUGAAACAAACCGUGGGUAAUGCUUGCGGAACAAUAGGACUCCUUCAUGCAGUUGGGAAUAUCACUUCAGAGAUCAAACUCACUGACAGGUCAUUCUUGGAUAGAUUUUUCAAAUCAACUGCAAACAUGGAUCCAUUGGAGCGAGCAAGAUUCCUUGAGAAUGACAGAGAAAUGGAAGAUGCUCAUUCUGUAGCGGCCACAGGAGGUGAUACAGAGGCAACGGAAAAUGUGGACACUCAUUUUAUCUGCUUCACCUGUGUAGAUGGAAAACUUUUUGAGCUUGAUGGAAGAAAAUCUGGGCCAAUAUCUCAUGGUGCAUCCUCACCAGGCAGCUUGCUACAGGAUGCUGCUAAAGUCAUACAAGGCAUGAUCGAGAAAAAUCCUGGCUCGCUCAACUUUAAUGUAAUUGCAAUUUCAAAGAGAGCUUAGGUUUCAGUCCAAGGUUGGUGUUUUGAUCUCAUCCAGGCGCAGAUGGUUGCAAUUUUAGGCAAUGCUCGGUAGAAUAUACUGUAAUGGAAGGGAAAGGGAUAACAGAUGCACAUUUCCUCUUUUCAUCACUUCACAUUCUACCAAACAUUUUAUUUAGUUCUUCCAGCUGUCGUCAAUGUAGCUAGGUAUCUCUGCACCUGAAAUCAUUUCGUUUUUAACUAUUUCCAUUAAACAUUUUAGCACAAAACUCUGCCUGCUUUACCAAGAAAUAAAAACCUUUUUUAUGUGCGUUGGGAUCA